UUCAGAGAGUUAGUGUUGAUGGCAUUUGAGUGUCCCCAUUGUUAUGAAAGGAACAAUGAGGUCCAGUUUGCUGGCCAGCUUCAACCACGUGGUUGCUACUACCAAUUGAAGGUUCCUUCUGGUGAUCAACAGAUUCAGGAGUUAGAUUUUGAGAUUCCACCAGAAGCUCAGCGAGGCACGCUUUCUACGGUGGAAGGAAUACUUAAGCGGGCUGCUAAUGAAUUGGAGGCCCUUCAAGAGGAACGCAGGAAAGUAGAUCCGGAAACCGCCGAAGCCAUAGAUAAAUUCUUGAUCAAUCUAAGGUCCUUUGCUGAAGGAAGUGCUUCCUUUUCUUUCAUACUCGAUGAUCCUGCUGGAAAUAGCUUCAUUGAGAACCCGUAUGCACCGAAACAAGAUCCUUCAUUAUCCAUCAAGUUUUAUGAAAGGACAUCAGAGCAACAAGCAGCACUAGGUUUUCUCGUUGAUACAUUUGAGGAAACUGAAAGUCAUUCUCAGAGAAAUUCACUAUCUAUUGAAAAAAAGCCUUUAGGGAUUGGAGCACGAGGGCUUUCCCAUGUUUCGGUUGGUGCUGUUGCCAGUCGACGAGCAAUUGCUCAAGUUAAUAAUGAUCGAGUUGCUGAAACCUUAUGUCGAUACUCGGCACCGGAAGAGGUUGAAGCUUUGCCAUCAACAUGUGGAGCAUGUGGGGCUGCAUGUGUUACACACUUCUAUGCCACCAGUAUCCUUUCGGAUUAA